AUGACUCCGCCCGCUACACCCAAUGGGUCCCAAGAGAAUCUCCUCCAACAGAUGGAAGCUCCCCAACCCGUGUUUCACAACUUCCUCCGCGCCUUCUAUCCCUUUCACCCGACAUACGCCGUCUCUGACACAACGGUUACGUUGCCGUUGAACGAAGGGGACGUGGUCCUGGUCCACUCGAUACACACCAAUGGCUGGGCUGAUGGCACACUCCUCGUCUCAGGGGCCCGUGGAUGGUUACCUACGAAUUAUUGUGAAGCCUACGAACCAGAUCCGAUGCGGAAUCUGCUCAAGGCGUUAUUAAACUUCUGGGAUCUCCUCCGGAGUGGCCCCACUAGUGAUAAUGAGGUCUUUGGAAACCAGGAGUUCAUGCGGGGUAUCAUUGCUGGCGUUCGAUAUCUACUGGAAAAAUCAAACUGCCUCACCAGAGAAUCACCCAUCGUACAGAACAAUGAAGGAUUGCGACGACAUCGAAAGGCCCUUUUGUCCGACCUCUCUUCACUAGUAAAGAUGGCCAAGCGGCUACAAGAGUACACAGGGAGUCUGAAUGACUCGCAGCUUGAGGCCGGUGAUGUGAAUGAUCUAAUUGAUGAGAUGAUUUUGAAGGCUUUCAAGAUAGUGAUUAGAGGUGUCAGAUUUCUCGACGUCUUGGAGGAAGAUAUCCGUUCUCGCCAACAACCUAUUCACCGUAUGAUGGCAACCGUUGCGGAGGAAGCGUAUAACCCUCCAACCCCACCAGCAGACUCGACAUCCUUCGAGGGGACACAACAUGCGGAUUCUGCGUACGACGUGGAAUCCCGCAGGAGUCCAAGUCCCGCACGUGCCGGAUCGAGCUUGCAAAGAUCCGACGAGCAAACGCAACAGCAGUCGUACAAGCGGAUGUCAAACGCCUACGCUAGCAACGCCUCUUCCCGUCCAUUGUCCAUGUCAAGACCCUCCUCGUCUAUGCAGAUCAAGAGACAAUCGGUUUCCCAUCGGUUGUCACUCAGAGCAGCGAUUCCUGAAGCCCAGCGUCAGAACCUUGUGUCGGAGCGAUUGAGUUCGAGCCACGAUACCUUCCUGUCGUACCUCGGCUCCUUCAUCGGCCGUCUCCACCUCCAGUCUCAAUCAUCGACGGAACUCCUCUUGACGAUUCGGCAGUCUGUUGCGGCCGGACGAGUACUCCUCUCUGUGAUCGAGGUGGUGUGUGGUCACGAUGCCCAAAGCGCCGAGUCUUUGGAGGCGGCACGAAAUGCGAUGUAUGAGAGAAUCAAUGCUCUGCUCAUUGCUGCACGAGAUAUUAUAAGGCUCAUGGAUCCAGAGGGCGAGGAUGUGGUGAUGGGUCAGCAGAAUGGCAAGCUCCUCAUUGCGGCAACGGAAUGUGUGAAGGCUGCUGGGGAGUGUGUUGCGAAAACGAAAUUCGUCAUUGAGCGUAUCGGGGACUUUGAAUUCGAGCCAGAGAGCCAAGGCUUAGGCCUCGACGUGAGCAUCGCUGGUUCUGACAUGACAGAGGGUGCUCAGUUGGCGCCAGUCGAAGAAGCCCCCGCUUUUGAACCGUCGACUCGACCACCUCCAUUACCCCUUGUCAUUCCCAGCUACGAAAAGCCUCUUCCAGAUGUACCUCUCUCAUCUCCUGCAACCGUAGAGGACACGGAGCAGGUGUCACCCAGGACUCUCCAACCCGCUCCCGAAAAUGAGGCGGACGAAAGUUCUAAGAGGACAUCUGCAAUCUCGCUCUUGCCGCCCCUCCCAAAUAUGGCCAGCCCGUUGAUGCCGAGCGAUGAUUAUAGCCCAUCGGAAAACUCGUCGACGUUCAACGAUGCUGAUUUCCAGCCCUCUUUCCGAAAAGGAAGCAUUGCUAUCUCUAGCUCUGCUACCAGCAGCACGUGCCUUAGUAGCAUGCGAGACUCUGAAUCAAGUAUGAUCUCGCAGACAUCGACAAGAGCGACGACCCCAGAUCUUACCCCAUACGUUACCAAAAACCAGCCAUCCGUCUUUGAUCUCCGUGCCGUCGGCAGCCAAUCUACCCUUGCCGAUGAUGCAGAUGAUGGUGAGUCUAAGAUGCUCGAGAAGACAUAUGCCCACGAGCUGCUGCACAAUAAGGAAGGUCAGAUAACUGGCGGCACUCUCCCGGCAUUGGUUGAGAGACUUAGUACUCACGAUUCUACGCCGGACUCCAUGUUCGUCUCGACAUUUUACCUCACCUUCCGACUCUUCGUCACCCCAACCGACCUGGCAAAAGCCCUUGUAGAUCGAUUUGAAUACGUUGCGGAGAGUCCGCACAUCGCAGGUCCAGUGCGUCUACGGGUAUACAAUGUCUUUAAGGGGUGGCUCGAAUCGCAUUGGAGGGACCUGUCUGAUCACGAGGCUCUAACCGUCAUCGAACCCUUUGCAAAGGACCAGCUAAGCAAAGUGCUUCCUGCCGCUGGACGAAGACUGUUGGAAUUGGCUCAAAAGGUUUCAUCUACCGAUGGACCCCUUGUGCCUCGCCUCGUGUCUUCCAUGGGCAAGACUAGUACGUCGAUUGCCCAAUACAUACCUGCAGAUACUCCUCUCCCUCCUCCCAUCAUGAGCAAGAGCCAGACUGGCGCCUUGAAGAACUGGAAGAUGGGCGGAAGCAAUCCCUCAAUCCUCGAAUUUGAUCCACUGGAGUUGGCUCGGCAAUUGACGAUCAAAGAAAUGAACAUUUUUUGUUCAAUUAUGCCAGAGGAGCUGCUGGGCUCGGAAUGGACAAAGCGAUUGGGAUCCAAUGCCGUCAACGUGAGGGCCAUGUCCACCCUCUCUACAGAUCUAUCCAAUCUUGUGGCAGACACCAUUCUCCAAUACGAUGAUGCGAAGAAGCGUGCAGUUAUCAUCAAGCACUGGAUCAAGAUUGCGAACAAGUGCUUGGAACUCAACAACUAUGAUUCGCUCAUGGCUAUCAUCUGCUCGCUCAAUUCCUCCACCAUCGUGCGAUUGAAGAAGACGUGGGAAGCCGUAUCUCAGAAGCGGAAGGACCUGCUGAAGGCCCUGCAAGCGAUUGUCGAGCCAGACAAGAACUACGCGGUUCUCCGACGAAGGAUCAAUGACCACGUGCCACCGUGCCUGCCAUUUGUUGGCACCUACCUGACAGAUCUCACCUUCGUUGAUGCAGGUAACCCAGCGACGAAGCAACUCCCGGGUGUCGGCGAUGAGGAAGGUCUGUCAGUCAUCAACUUCGAUAAGCACACCCGAACCGCCAAGAUCAUCGGCGAGCUUCAACGAUUCCAGAUACCAUACCGAUUGGCGGAGGUGCCAGAACUUCAAGAAUGGCUCCAAGCGCAGAUCGUCCGGGUCAAAUCCUCCUCCGAGCAUGAGAACGUCCAGCAAUACUAUCGCAAGAGUUUACUCCUCGAGCCCCGCGAGAACCUCCCUCGUGUCAGUCCCGUCGAGUCACAAGCCAGUGGUGGCAGUUCUGCUCAGAAGGAGAAGUUCGACAUCUUCGCUUGGACACAUGUCUCGAGAGAGAGAAUGGGCAGUACAUCAGGUGCUAGCACACCUAUUUAG